ACCCUAAUACCGCCGCUGCUCAAGUUCUCCGUCAUUGUAAGAGAUGAAGGUGGUUGCUGCUUAUAUGCUCGCCGUUUUGGGUGGCAACGCCAGCCCCUCCGCCGAUGAUGUUAAGAAAAUUCUCGGAUCAGUUGGAGCUGAAGCCGAUGACAAUAAGAUCGAGUUGCUCUUGUCCCAACUGAAAGGAAAAGAUAUCACCGAUCUAGUUGCUUCCGGAAAAGAGAAGUUGGCAUCUGUGCCUUCCGGCGGCUCAGCUGCCGUUGCAGCACCUGCAGCUGGUACUGACGCUGCAGCUCCUGGUCCUGUUGAGGAGAAGAAGGAAGAGAAGGUUGAAGAGGAGGAAGAGGAUGAUGAGUUCAUUUCAAAUAUCUUUGACGAGGAGUAGAAGAAUUACAUAUGGCUAAUUGGCUACCCAGACUUAGUAACUUGUAGGUGGAUGUAAUGCCAUUGAGGGUUUCUAGUCUGUAAUUUUAAUAUUUGGUUUGCUAUAUUUCUAAUGUGUUGUUCCUUUCAAUCUGAAGUGUUGUAAGACAUCCUUAAUAUUUCAAUUUUAAGUAGUCCUAUGCCAGAACUUAU